AUGCAGCGCGCCGGCGCGCUGCCCCCCCGCUCCGUCUGCGUGAUCGGUGGCGGCCCCGCGGGCCUCGGCUGCUGCGCGGCGCUGCGGGGCUCGGGGGUCCGCGUGACGCUGAUCCAGGAGAGCCGCGGCAUGGGCGGGAAGCUGUGCACGAAGUUCGCGGGCCCCGGCGAGGACGACCCCACCCUCCACUUCGACAUGGGCGUGCAGUUGCUGCGGCCGCGCGGCGCCCUGGCGGAGGCGCUCGGCGGCGAGGGGGUGGCGCCCUGGCCCGAGGACCCGAGGGGCGCUUGGUGGAGCUCGGAGUCGGCCCUGGCGGUCCCGCCGUGGCGCGGCGGCUGCCCACGCGCGGGCUCGUGGUGGGCGUGCCGUCCAUGUCGGCCGUGGGGCACCGCCUGCUGGCCGCGUGCGGCGAGGAGGUCUCGGUGA